AUGGCUUCCAACACCACAUCCGCUAUGCUUUGCAUGCGCCUGACUGUUCUCGUCCCCGCUAUCAUGUGGUUGGCCUUUGCGGGUCUCAGCUCGGCCAUAUCUCACUUUGCAAUUAUCCUCCGGGACCAUGCGGAGUCAGAUCUCAUCUAUACCAACCAUACUAUACUGGGCCUUGCCUUUCAAAGCCUGAUGGAAAAUAUUCUCGUCGUUUCAGUCCUCUUGGCCCUGAUGUCAACAUUGCUCUCCAUCUUUGGUAUGAUCCUUGCGAUCCAUUUGAGGUGGCUACAUCAGAACGGCCAACGUCGAAUCUAUUUCGAAUGCAUUCAGGUUGUACUAGCGCUCACUGCUGUCUCUGUCAGUGGAUAUAUUGCGAGCUGUGUUCACGGGUCUCGAUUUUCGUUUGAGCUGUUGAAUAUUCACGGCCACCUGCCUUACUACAAAAUCAUGUAUUACGGGAGCGUUGGGCAAGCUGCAUUUGGUUCUCUCAUGAUCAUCAACUUUUUCGUUCUGCUCUUCAUGUGA